UCCAGGAAGUCCCGGCGGCGGCGGACGGUGGCCGGGAGGGUCCGUUUUGCGCUCUCCCAUGGCGGAGCGGGAGGAUGUCGCUGGUGUUGGGGCUGCUGUCGCACACGCUGAGCAGGGUGCUGUGGUACUCCGGGCUGCGUAAGGGCUGCCAUGCCCCCCGGAGCCAGGCCAUGGAGCAGGACAAGGCGCUCGAGGUUUACGAUAUAAUCCGUACUAUCCGGGACCCGGAGAAACCUAAUACUUUGGAAGAACUGGAAGUGGUAACGGAAAGCUGUGUUGAAGUGCAAGAGAUAGGUGAAGACGAGUAUCUGGUUAUCAUCAGGUUUACACCAACAGUACCUCAUUGCUCUCUGGCUACUCUCAUUGGCCUUUGUUUAAGAAUAAAACUUCAGAGAUGUUUGCCUUUUAGACAUAAGCUGGAAAUCUACAUAUCUGAAGGGACACAUUCUACUGAAGAGGACAUCAACAAGCAAAUCAACGACAAAGAGAGAGUCGCAGCUGCCAUGGAGAACCCCAACUUGCGGGAGAUCGUGGAGCAGUGCGUUACAGAGCCUGACUAGGAGCUCGAAUACCCACAGUUACUGUUUUGAUACAUUUCUUAAGCUAUCUUUGUUUAAAAGGAAAAAGAAAAUAAUAAUAAUCAAGGCCUUGAGUUUCAUACUUGAGUUCUUUUUAUCCUCCACAUGUUUUUUAAAAGAAAAUGUUUAUAAGAUAGAUUUAAAUUAUGAGGAAUUAUUCUCUAAAAUAAAGUGAAGUGUAUAGUGUUAAGAGUUUGUAAUUUCUGGUGUCCAGAGAAAUAUUUUAUGAUUAAAAACCAAAACAACAUAAGUAUUGCCUUCUGAUAGACAUUGUGAUAUAAAUUCAGUUUUGCAAGUUAAAUUUCUACAUUGUUUCAAUCACUGCACUGUAAAAAUAAAACAGAUUCUUGUACUGAAA